UCGUAACAUAACCUGUACGCGCAUGUCGUACGUAACCUAACGAAACGCGAUCGCAGAUACGUGUAGCACAUUUAGCGGUGUAAUCAACACGUCAUACUUUGCGUCGCUGGUGAACCCUGGAUCACUCGUGAACGGUCAGUCGGUUGUUGGUUCCCCAGGAGAGAACAGUGUCGUGGAAUCGUGCAAAAUGUCAGACGUGAGAGACUGGUUUGGUUCAUUGCCGAUAUUCACGAGAUACUGGUUGCUGUGCACCGCCGUUCUGACAUUACUCGGCAGAUUCGGCUUCGUCAGUCCGCAUCUGCUGAUACUGUGGCCCGAUCGAUUUCUAAGCAAUUUCGAAAUUUGGAGGGCAGUGACGAGUGUCUUCUAUUAUCCUCUCAGCCCGGGCUCGGGCUUUCAUUUCUUGAUUAAUUGUUACUUCUUGUAUAAUUAUUCGCUGAGGUUAGAACGAGGAGAAUACGAUGGCAAGCCAGCUGAUUAUUGUUUCCUCCUGUUGUUCAACUGGAUAUGUUGUGUCAUCAUCGGCCUCGUCGGCGACUUCCCCUUGCUCAUGGAUCCCAUGGUGCUCAGUGUGUUAUACGUAUGGUGUCAGCUGAAUAAGGAUGCUAUCGUAAACUUCUGGUUUGGCACACAAUUUAAAGCUAUGUAUCUGCCUUGGGUCUUGUUUGGAUUUAACUUGAUCAUUUCUAGAGGUGGAAUGAUGGAGCUGUUUGGCAUUCUGGUUGGGCAUCUGUAUGUCUUCUUGAAGUUUAAGUAUCCUCAGGAGCUCGGUGGGCCUGAAUUACUGAAUACUCCGAGGAUACUUGAAAAUUACUUCCCAUCUCAAAGAGGCGGAGUUCGAUCAUUCGGAGCUCCACCAACACACAGGCCAGCUCCGGAACAAAAUGCUCAAGGGAGAAAUAUAUUUGGGGGACACAAUUGGGGAAGAGGUCAUGUGUUGGGUCAACAAUAAUUAAAUAAUUUUGCUUACGAGAAAUCACUGAUUACAACAAAUUAUUAUUUGUACACAUUCUACGCUCAUUGACAGCAAUCAUUUGUUUCUUCACGUCUCUGCAUCACAAAUUCUUCCAAGCAUCUUUGUAAACUUUUGCAUAACUACAAUGAUUAAAACAUAAGCCCAAAAUAUGUAUUUUAAAUUAUGUAUUCGUAGCAAAUAACGUGAGUACACAUCGAAAAUUUAAAAAAAACUAGAGAUCUCAUAUCAUUAUAUAAUAUAAAAACACUUGUGAUUUUAUGUAACUAUAUUAAUAGUAUAUGCACACUUUGAUGAUAAUGAACAAUCAAUGAUUACAAAGUCAAGGACAUAUUAUUUAAUGUUUUACAGGGCAUUAUAUAUUUUCUCAAUUAAUAAUCGAUCACAGAUUGCACUUGAUGAGACACGUUUAUCCCCGUAAAAGUUUGUACAUAUAAUUUUCUGUAUAUUUUUUCAUGUAUAGUAAUAAAUGAAAAAGUAUGGGACUGAAGUAACAUAUAAAUUGUACGAUUCGCAUUGGAUAAAUGUAGGGAAUCCCGAGUGUUUCUAGUAAAAACCAAUAUUGACAGUAGGAAUAAAAUAAAAUUAACUGUCUCCGUAAUUUCUUGAUAAAAAUUUAUAAGAAAAACCA